GAGGUUGUAGUGAGCCAAGAUCACACCACUGUACUCCACCCUUGCAACAGAGCGAGACUACGCCUCAAAAAAAUAACAAAGAAGCCUUAACUGAGGGGAUGAUUUAAACAUGGACACAUGAGGUGUCUCCAAAGAGAUGGCAAGCAAUUUAUAAGAUCUAGAACUGCCCGAAAGGUAACUCAGAGAAAAGAAAAUUUCAAGAGGAAAUCAGAAGCUGUCCAUGGAGGGAAAAAUAAUCAAUACAUGGCAAAAGUACCACGAGUAUUAAACCACGAAGGACUGACUUUCAAAGCCAGGAAUUGAACCCAGGCGCCAUUGUGAUAGGGCAAAGCCUUAGCAACUGACCUACAGCACAAGGUGAGGGCCUGGGACAGACGGCAGCAGACUGGGAUAUGCAAAGAGAAGAGUAGCCUAAUUGUCAAGUCUAGAUCUAACAAAAGCAGUGUCCCCAGAUCAUGGCAUAUUUCCCUGGAACUGGAAGAACUGAUCAAGAAACACAGCUAGACUUGUCCUUGUGUGAACGGGAGCCGGAAAGCCUUGAGAACUUAUUCCUCGACCCGGACAUGGCACAGGAGAAAAUGGAACUAGGUUUCAAGUCGCUGCCGAGUUCCACUACCGCAGACGGCAACAUUCUGAGAAGAGUCAACAGUGCCCCUUUGAUCAAUGGACUUGGUUUUAAUUCACAGGUGUUGCAAGCUGACAUGUUAAGAAUUAGGACAAACAGAACAACGUUUAGGAAUCAACGCUCUCUGGAAUUCUGGCACUUCUGCUCAAUCUGGGUGUCACUGCGUCACUUCUCCAUCCCCACCCCCUCCUCUUCCAAAGGAAGCAGGGGAAAUGUCUCAUCUUCCUAAGAGAAAAGGUUGUGCUUUUCUUGAGCAAUUCAUCUGUUCUAAUUUUAGGCCUACUGACAUCUGUCUCAUUAGGUUUUGCUUUUCAUAUUGGCAACCACAAACCCCAAAUCUAGUGUAUGGCCCACAAAGUUGCAAGCAUGUAAUACAUUCCUGAUCCUGCUUUAUGCCCUGCGCAUCUAGCCCAUGUUCAGUUCAUGUUAAGUAGCAUUAUAAACCAUCUUAAAUCAUUUCUGAAACUAGGCAGAGACAUUUAUAAACAUAGUGUACAACCCUUUGUUUCAGAUUUUCUGAGCAUUUUAUCUCUAGUUACUAUAGUAGGAAAUGGCUUAAAAACAGCAAACCUAGGAAAAUGAAAAAUAAUUUUUAAAAAUGUUAAUGUCUUUACAAUAUGAAUUUUCUGUGAUCUCUCUUAAAUGGAACUGAGCUUGGUUUUUCCUCCUAUCUUAAUCCCCUCACUGGAGAUAAUUCUUAGGAAUUAGCUUCACCCAGCACCCUCCCUAACCUCCCGCUACUUCUACUUCCAGCCACCUUCACACCAUGACAUCAUUCCUUGGUGCUGAUACUCUUGGUUCCUUCCAAGGACUUUUCUUUCUUCCGGGAGUGUGAGAAAAAGGCACAGUGGGAAAUUUGCACAAAAGAUACCAGUGAUGUUUAUUACAUCUCAGUAAACUCAUUAUUUCUAUUUUAAUACUUUGUUUCAUGUGGAAAAAUUAUCUAAGGUAAUUCCUUUGCAAACACCACUUGUAGUACUUAAUUUGGGGAGAAUUCUCUUCCAGAAGUCUUGUUUUCUGCAAUUAACUUCUCACAUUAUUACUAAAAGAAUCAGCCAAUACAAUAUUUGAUCUACAUUUUGUCCAAUUAAAAAAUUCUUGUAGCUUAUGAUUCUGUAGCUCAAGUUCAAAUCCUACCUACCUCAGACAUUUCACACUAUCUCCCUGCUGGUGUCAUCAAUUUCAGUCCAUCUUCUCAUGAUUUCCUGGAUGAACUUUUUCAGUGGGAAAUCCUAAGCCUUCACCUGAACCUAAACUGGUUCCUUCCCAUCCCUUAGGUAUAAAUUAAAAAUAAUCUCUUCUAGGGAAGUCUUUCAUCAUUAUUUUAUGAAACAAAUUUGCCAUACCAUGUUUUCCCACUUAUAAGUGGGAGCUAAAUGAUAAGAACUUAUGAACACAAGGAAACAACAGACACUGGGGUCUACUUGAGCGGGAAGGAUGUGAGGAGGGAAGCAGAAAAGAUAACUAUUAGGUACUGGGCUUACUACCUGGGUGAUGAAAUAGUAUGUACAACAGGCCAGGCGCGGUGGCUCACACCUGUAAUCCCAGCACUUUGGGAGGCCAAGGUGGCCAGAUCACCUGAGGUCAGGAGUUUGAGAUCAGCCUGGUCAACAUGGUGAAACCCCAUCUCUACUAAAAAUACAAAAAAAUUAGCCGGGGAUGAUGGUACGUGCCUGUAGUGCCAACUACUCAGGAGGCUGAGACAGGAGAAUUUCUUGAACCUGGGAGAUGGAGGUUGUAGUGAGCCGAGAUUGCACUACUGCACUCCAGCCUGGGUGACAAAGCAAGACUCCAUCUCAAAAAAAAAAAAAAAAAAGAAAAUAUGUAUAACAAAUCCUGGUGACACAUGUUUACCUAUGUAACAAACCUUCACAUGUACCCCCAAACCUAAAAUAAAAGUUAAAUAAAUAAAAAAUUAAAAAAUAGAAAGUAAUUGUCUUAUUUAUGACAUGUCAUUAUAAUACAGCCAAAGUGUCAUAAUUUCUAUAGAAAGUAUAUGUAUACAUUUAAGUUCAGAUUAUAUAUCUUUUUCAUUAGAUUAUAAACUUUAUAAACCAUAGUGUUUCAUGUUA